UGUAGCAGGAAAUAAAAGGAGCUGCUUGUGGUUUGAGGCAUUAGUGGAACUUGAGCCGCCCUUGAUAGAGGACAGAAAACCUGCAAAGAUGGGCUACCUCCUGUAUUUCUCUGCUGAGACGUGGACCCUACUGGUUACCCUCAUCACACUGUUAUUUGUGUACGCCUACUGGCCAUAUGGAACAUUUAAGAAAAUGGGAAUCCCUGGUCCCAAACCAGUCCCUUUUUUUGGCACUAUGCUGGCAUAUAGAAAGGGUUUCACUAUCUUUGACGAAAAUUGCUCCAAGAAAUACGGGCCAACGUGGGGCAUUUUUGACGGCCGUCAGCCGGUGCUGUGUAUCACAGAUCCUGCCAUGAUAAAAACUGUCCUGAUAAAGGAGUGUUACUCUCUCUUCACCAAUCGCAGAAAUUUCCGUCUGAACGGGGAAUUGUACGAUGCGGUGUCCAUCGCUGAGGACGAUCAGUGGAGGAGGAUCCGCAGUGUCCUCUCUCCCUCCUUCACCUCAGGAAGACUGAAGGAGAUGUUUGGGAUAAUGAAGCGCCACUCUGCUACCCUGCUCACCAGCAUGAAAAAGAAGGCGGACAAGGACGAGCCCUUAGAGCUGAAGGAGUUCUUUGGUCCUUACAGUAUGGAUAUUGUAACCAGCACAUCCUUCAGUGUGGACAUUGACUCACUCAACAACCCAUCAGACCCCUUUGUGACUAACAUCAAGAAGAUGCUGAAGUUUGACCUUUUCAAUCCUCUCAUUCUUAUUAUUUCUUUCUUCCCCUUCAUGGCUCCUGUUUUUGAAAAGAUGGAGUUUUCUUUCUUCCCCAAGUCUGUCACAGACUUCUUUUACGCUGCACUGCAGAAGAUCAAGUCCAACCGAGUGACCAGCAGACAGAAGAGUCGAGUGGAUUUCCUUCAGUUGAUGAUUGACUCCCAGAACAACAAGAACCCCAGUGGAGUAGAGCAGGAUAAAGGUUUAAGCGAUCAUGAGAUCCUCUCUCAAGCAAUGAUUUUCCUGUUUGCUGGCUAUGAAACAACCAGCAGCUCUCUCUGCUUUGUGGCUUACAAUCUGGCCUUAAACCCUCACAUCAUGAAACGGCUGCAGGAGGAGAUCGACGCCACCUUCCCUGAGAAGGCUCCAAUUGAGUACCAGGUUCUGAUGCAGAUGGAGUAUCUAGACUGCGUCAUCAACGAGUCUCUUCGUUUGUACCCCAUCGCUCCACGUCUGGAGCGUGUGGCCAAGGCAACUGUGGAGAUAAAUGGGCUUGUGAUUCCAAAGGGUAUGGUUGUCAUGGUGCCCACAUGGCCCCUGCACCGAAACCCAGACCUGUGGCCCGACCCGGAGGCGUUCAAACCCGAGAGGUUCAGCAAGGAGAACAAGGAGACAUUUGAUCCAUACACAUACAUGCCUUUCGGGGCAGGGCCAAGGAACUGCAUCGGGAUGCGAUUUGCGCUGGUGAUGAUGAAACUUGCGUUGGUGGAGAUCCUCCAGAAGUACAGCUUCGCCCGGUGUAAGGAGACUGAGGUGCCCCUUGAGAUGGACAUCCAGGGCCUGGUGAUGCCAAAGCGACCGAUCAAACUGAAGCUGGUGCCACGUACUGAACCCUCGUGCUAAAAAAACAACAGGAUGAAGGAUGAUCAAUUUAACUAUGUUGCAGAGCUCUUGUGAAUUAACACAAUGUAUGUUUGUCAUUAUUUUGUUCAUGGUAGUAAUAGGUUUUGUGUUCAUCUGUAGAGUUACUUCUCUUUUUUGUUCCUGUGAAGCUUUUUAAUCAAUAUUCAUGCUACACUGCGAGACAGUCUGAUCAUUUGUAAAUCGUGUGGUAACAAUAAAGGACAGUUUGGAUUUUUCUCA